AUGUUGUCAACGGCAGUUAUCAAGGUUAAGGAUGCAGACGAUAAAUAUCAGUUCGCUAGAGCUCUACUGGACAGUGGCUCUCAGCCCAGUUUCAUCACCGAAGCGCUUUGUCAGAAGCUUCGACUGAAGCGCAUCAAGUUAAACUCGCCGGUCAGUGGGAUCGGACAAUCUACCCUCACCGUGCACCACGUGCUGCCAAAGCUUACCGUCUCGCUGCCUAGCCAACAUAUUGACGUUUCGCGUUGGAGAAUUCCACGUAAUCUUCCGCUCGCCGAUCCGCAGUUCAACGUCAGCCAAGGGCUUGACAUCAUUAUUGGUGCUGAGCUGUUCUUCAAUUUGCUUGACAAUCAGCAACUUUUGUUAGCGGCUGGCUACCCGAUUUUACAGCAGACUGUGCUAGGAUACAUCGUCUGUGGAAAAGUUUCCGAGCCAGUCUCGGAACCAACAGUCACUCAAUGCAGCCAUGUCUGCGCAGAAGAUCCGCUUGACUCUCAGCUCGAGCGUUUCUGGGAGAUCGAAAACUUCGAUGACGGUAAGGCUUUCACUUCUGAUGAACAAUUCUGUGAAGAUCAUUUCACUGAUACCGUUUCUCGUGAUCAAAAAGGACGGUAUAUGGUUCGUCUUCCGAUGCGGCAGGAGAUACUUUCGAUGUUGGGAGACUCGUACAAGCCCGCAUUGCGGCGAUUUUUGUCGAUGGAGAAGAAGUUUGUUGCCGAUGAAGGUCUUCGCCAAGAAUAUAAACAGUUCAUGCAAGAAUACGACAGGUUGGGCCAUAUGGAGGUGUUGUCGCGCGCGUCGUACAGCCCACAGUUUUCCCUACCCCACCAUGCCAUCCACCGUCCAGAAAGCUCAACCACAAAGAUUCGAGUAGUGUUCGAUGGAUCUUCUCGUGGUUCAACCCAGCUUUCACUCAACGAUGUUCUCUAUGCGGGACCAACAGUACAGCCAGCCCUGUACUCUACUGUCAUAAAUUUUCGGCUGCCUCGUCUCGCCAUUACUGCCGAUGUGGAGAAGAUGUUCAGACAGACUUUGGUCCACCCCGAGGAUCGUCGCUACCAACAAAUUCUAUGGCGGAAUGAUCCAUCAGAACUAGGCAACUGCCAGUUCGCCCUGAAGAUACUCGUUCGCCUAGCACAGGCUACCGCAUUCCCAGCUGAAGUGCGAUUGUAUCAAAACAACCAACGAUGUCUAGUGAACUCGAAGGAACUUGGCUCGAAAUCACUCCUUAGGAACUUGAACUGUUUGAUGGAUGAUUUCGGUUUGCUUAUAUUGGACGGUCGAUUGAGAUACAAAAACGCACCCUUUGACACUCGUUUUCCGAUGAUACUCCCAGCGGACCACAAACUAACCUGGUUGAUUGCUCGAUCACUCCACGUUCAGACACUGCAUGCUGGUCUUACGCUGCUACUCGCUACUAUUCGCCAACGGUUUGGGCCGCUCCGGGGUCGUCAUCUCGCUCGCAGGGUGGUACGCAAUUGUAUCAAUUGUUACCGGUGCAAUCCUCGAUGUAGCAACCAGCAAAUGGCACCACUUCCAUCAAUACGUGUUACACCUGCUCGAGCAUUCGCAUACUCUGGGAUGGAUUACUGUGGGCCGUUUCUCGUUCGUCCGUUGGUUGGAAGGGGAGCAUCGGUGAAGAUAUACGUCGCGCUUUUCGUGUGUCUAGUGGUGAAGGCCGUACAUCGUGAGGUCGUCGCAGACCUAACGUCGGUCGCGUGUAUUAACGCCGUGAAACGCUUCGUGGCACGCAGCGGCCGAGUGUUCGAAUUACACUGCGACAAUGCGACUGCUUUCGUCGGGGCAGAUCGCGAGUUGAAGGCUGCGCGUCAAGCCUUUCGCGAACACUUUCGGAGCAAGCAAUGGGAUGAAUAUUGCACAAUUAGCGGAAUCACGUUUCGCUUCAUACCAGCUCGGUCGCCCCACUUCGGUUGGCUAUGGGAGGCUGGUAUCAAGUCCUUCAAGUACCACUUUCGCCGCAUGAUGAGCUGCAAGACGUUCAACAUGGACCAACUGCUAACCGUCGUAGCCCCAAUCGAAUCCGUUCUCAACUCCCGUCCCUUAGCUCCACUGUCCGACUCCCCAGACGACACAUCCGCUCUGACCCCAGGUCAUUUCCUAAUCGGAGAAGCACUCUUUUCCAUUCCAGAGCCAGACCUCUGCGACUUGGGCACCAAACGCCUGUCACGUUUGCAGGAUAUGAAACGAUCCGCACAGGAUCUGUGGCGACGGUGGUCCAGGGACUACUUAAGCCAGUUGCAGCAACGUUCAAAGUGGAAGAAAGAAACUGCAGACGUGGAGGUGGGUCAAUUGGUACUGAUGAAGCAGGACAACACCCCAUCCCUACAGUGGCCUUUAGGUCGUAUCACCGAAACGAUCUUUGGGCCAGACGGUCAUGUUCGCGUGGUGGUCGUGAAAACGGCUGCAGGAACGUACAAACGGGCUGUCACCGAAAUUGCAGUGCUUCCCAUCGACGAAAAGAAUUCUCAGUUGGCAGUUGAAACGGGCAGUUUCAACGGGGACCGGCAUGUUGGCGAUUCUAUCUAA